UGUGGAUUGGCUCCGACAUGCGCAGUUCGUCGGUCGCGGAAUCAACACACCGCCGAGCGGCGCUCGGAGCACCAUUUUGAGUUUCAUUUGUAAAAGUUAUCAACGUCGGGAAAAUGUCGAACAAGAAUUUGUUUAUGAAAUUCGGUUUUCCCCGGGCUCCUUUGAAUAACGGUAUUGGUAGAUAUGUAUGCCAACUGCAACGAGUAACUUUAAAGUUUUGUAAAAAUCAUGGAGGAAGUCGUGGUGUGCGAGAAUUUCUGGAGCACGAUUUAUUGGAUUAUGCAAAGGAAAAUCCCGGAGUUGUGGUUUAUGUAAAACCAAGGAGACACCGGUCACCUAUCAUAAAUGCAGAAUAUCUCAACGGUACAAACCAUUGGAUCAGUUGUCAUAAUCUUACUCGUGAAGAAAUUGUUAAAUGGAUGGAACUGGUGCGUACCCAAGCUAGCGAUGGGUCUGCUGUACGAUUGCGCAAAAAGUUCCACACCGAAUUUCCGUCUAUUCAAGGACCAUGGACACCAUUUACUUUUAAGGACCCUGUUGAGAACAUAAUACAAUUCCCCGACAAAAAACUUGGAGCAUAUUUAAGAAGAGAACCAACUGCAACGGAACAAUUAAUACAAAUUUUCAAAGAACAACAAGAAUCCAAAGAUGAAAAGGAAAAAAUUCAAAUCAGUUGUGAGUAGUCUAUUAUUUAAACAUUUAUGUACUAAUAACUUUAAAUGUGAUCUAAAAAAUAAAUGUUAGAAAAAAAAGAGAGUUCUACCUUGAUAACUUUUACGACGAAUGUUAAUUAUCAAAAUGUACAAAAUGUGUCAAUAAUUAUAUGGUUUACUGUUGUA